UCAGACAGACAGACAGCACGGCAGCCUCUGUUGGACCAAUUACCGGGCCCGUCUGUGCGCUGCCCCGCCGAGCGUGUUUUACUGGGCGGCCUCUGCUCUCUGUGCCAGGACAGCCUGCAGCAGCAGCAGCAGCAGCAGCGGGACAAACAGUUCAGGACAGACACUAACACAUUGACAAUGGGGUCGUCUUGGGCUCUAGUCUGCUUCACCGCAUUUGUCUUGGUGUUACUGAGCUCAGCAUCCAAAGAUGACCGCCACUUGGAGCAGCGUGAGUCCACCUUUUACCCUGACAGAAUCAUGCAAGAGAGGCAACAGCCAGAUUCCUUCAUGUUGCAGAGAGAAGCAGACUUGACAGAUCUCUUCGAUCCCGAGGAGUUCGCUUUACAGCAGGUAAUGGUGUUUCCACCACAGCAGUUUGAUACCCUGAGCGAAAGAGGGGGUUCCAGACCAGGAGGCUCGACACCUAGCGGACGUCGACCAAGCUUUGGGCCCCGUUCCUUUGGUGGCCCUCCCACACUGGACUACCCCGUUCAGUUCCCCCCCGGCCGGCCAACCUACGACAAUCUCCAAGCCAUCUGUCAAAAUGGAGAACAACGUCCUCUCUACUCAGACUCUUACUUUCCUGCCUCUGGUUUUGGCCAGCAGAAGCGAAGGGCCAGUGCGAUCAAUAAGGCAGAGUCCUGGUUUGGCACAUGCUGCAAAGGGAACCAGACAUGGGGGAGGGAAGUGACACUGUGUUGUGCCACACAGGCGUGGGAGCUGUCACUUCAAACUUUCUGUGAGGAGGACUCGUCAGUAAAGGAUGUACUUUACCACUGCUGCAGACUGUCAGGCAGCGACAGGCUCGACUGCUUCCACAACGACGCUCCAAACCCAAACUACGAUGCGACAGAGGAGCUGCCGGUUCCACCGCUUCCCUCUUCCUCCGGCUUCACCUUUGACCCCAGCACUUGCCAGAGGACGGUGGUGACUCCGUACAGCGUCAGAGGAAACAAGAAAAAGAAGGAGAAGACACCGCCUGCUUCCCAGAAAGUUGACAUCAACUUUCCUCCUGGACUACCCACCGCAGACACCAUUGAAUCAUUGUGUCGUGACCAGAAGCUCCGCCCCCUCUACAAGGUCAAUUGCAUCACGGGUGCAGGCUACGAAUGGCUGGCUCAUCAGGCAAAGACCAGUAAUCGUAUAGAGAAGGGAUUCAAACAGUGCUGCAAGAAGAAGCAGGGUGUGCUCAACUGUGCUGUUCUGAAGUGGCGUGAGGGACUCAACAAGUACUGUGCAGGCGAAAAUGGUAUUAAGGAGGAUUUCCACUGUUGUUCGGGCUCCACGGCAAAUGAUCAACACAGCUGUUUCCAAAACAUUUCUCCAGACCCACAUUACAAUAUGACCUCUGCCACUGAGGAGCUCUCAUUUAGCAGAAUCUGUGACACUCACAAGAUCAUCAAGAAGAAGUUCCCUAUUGGUCUUCCUCUCAAGGGUUUUGUGAAGCAAUGCUGCCCCCUGUCUGAACAAGACAAGAACACGUGUGUGCAGCAGAAGCUUGAAGAAAUGACAGAGAAAUGUGCAUCACCGAAGGCUACCCCUCCAGCUGUCCACCGCUGUUGCAUCAUGUCUUCACAAAAGGCUCUACCGUGUAUUUCCAGAGUUGUCAUGCGUGCCAUCACCCAAGCCGACACCUUCUUACGCGAGAGGGGGAAGAAAAAGUGCCCUCUCUCCUAAACACUUGUGACCUUUCGCUGCUGAAGGCCAUGCAGAGAAAAUGGCAAGUGAGCGUCCGAUCAUUGAACAGGAACAAAUAGAGGUCUGUAAGAAAAUGUGGACCAAAGUCUAGCUUCAUCUACUGCCAGUGUUAUUUGCAUCUUUUCAUCUGAGAUCACAUGAGAAGCAACGUUAUCACAAGAAUACAUUUAUAAAGAAAAUGUCAAAUGCUUAGUUUGUAAAACAGACUGUUGUCUGAGUCACUGUACCACUAUUCUCUAUAGGCUGCUCUUUACAUAUUUGAUUAUGGAUGCGUUGUAUUGAUUCCUUUGGAGCUUCAAGAUCACUUCUCUUCUUUUUAUAUAUUGUUUUGUUGUUAAGAUCAUAUCUACAAGUUCUAUUAAAAACAUUUUUCAAUGUA